UUGUCCUCGCGGCCAUCGAAAUGUUUUCAAGGAAACCUGAACGUGCUGAAAACUGAUCCCGAUAAACUAUACUAAAUUGUGUGAAAUUUUUAUUCUGAAUCAACUUUCAUAUUUUAAAAAAUUAAAUUUUACAAUUUUUCCCGAAAUGGGCUUAACAUUCACCAAACUGGACCCCUACGAGCUAAUAACUUUCAAAGAGCUUUCUCCAGAUGUUCCUUUGGAGAACAUUGAGGUUCCUGAAAGAGGUGAAAAUAGAAAACCAACCGAUUUUAAAUGGCUUGUAACAUUUGGUCUUGUCAUAUUAUUAUUCCUUCCUUUUUUUAUUUACACAAUGUGCUAUUCGGACAUCACCAGGCUUACUGUAGGAUAUGACCAAUGUGGCAAUAUUUGCGGAGAGAAAAAUUCCCAUUGGAGUGGAAUUGAUUGUUCUGGAAAGGAUUUCACUGAUUACCCAUAUUUAGAAUUUCAAAAUUCUAGUUCUGAUGACACUUAUUCAACAAACUACCUUCUAAUGAAUAGAAGCUGCGUACAAACUUGCAGAUUGGGAUAUACUCCACGAGAAGAAAGGUGCAUUAAAAUGUCAAACUUUAACGAAAUUGAUUCAUCCUACGUAGAUGAAAGCGACGAUAACGAUGUAGAGGAAAAAUAUGACGUUUCUCUUUACCUAUCCAGCGUAAAAUGGCAAAUCACUGUGUCUUGUUUACUAUCUUUACUGGUAUCCGUUGGUAUGCUGUUCCUCUUCAGAUUCUCUGUCCACAUUGUAGUGUGGGGCACAAUUUACGUCGGUCUAGGUGCUUUAGUUUUUUGGACUGUAGCAGCUUGGUACUUUUAUUUCACUGCCACAUUUUAUUCUACAGGCCAUAUUUUAGCCUACGCUCUACUAAUGACGUUAAUAACAAUAGCCUUCUUAGUCCUAUUGGUAUGGUUUCGAACAAGAGUCCAUUUAGUUAUAAUGAUUUUAGGUGAAGCUGUUAAGGCUGUUUUUGAUAUGCCUGGAUUGAUAGUGGUUCCCAUAACAUCUACUUUAGCUAUCUUUAUUUUAUCAAUCAUCUUUUUACUGACGAUGGUUUCUAUGCUAUCAGCUGGUAACCUGGAAAACUUGGUAUCGGAUUACUAUGUUUACAUGCCAGAUUCCACUAUGACCUUUACUAUUAUUUACAAUUGCGUCAUCUACUUGUGGCUUACCCAAUUUUUUACCGGUAUUCAGUAUAUGGUUGUUGCUGGAGCUGUUUCUAAGUGGUAUUUUGCUAGAGACAAGCUUUCUCUGAGAGCCCCCAUAUUCGAUUCUCUAGCGAUAACGUUCAAAUUUCACUUAGGUUCAGUGGCAAUCGGUUCUCUACUAAUCACGCUAGUGCAAACGAUUAAGAUACUAAUAUUGUCAUUGAUCAAAAACCGGAGAAUCCGAUCACUUGUAGAAUUUUGCAUCGAUCAAAUAGAGACCUUUUUUAAAUUCUUGUCUAAAAAUGCUUAUAUUGUCACAGCUAUCCAUGGUCAACCCUUCUUAAAAUCCGGAAGAAGAGCUGCAAGAUUAUUAGCUCAAAACAUUGGUGAAGUAAUCGCGGUCAACUCUAUAGGUGAUUUUGUUUUGGGAAUGGUCAAAGUUUUCAUAUUUCUUUUUACAAUUCUACUAUCCGUAAUUAUUUUUGCUAUUUUUCCGAAUCCAUAUGGAACUAGCAACAUUCCAGCCUACAUGAUAAUCGGAAUUGUGGCCAUUAUAGUGGCAUGUUUGAGUUUUGGAGUAUUUGAGACUACAAUUGAUACUUUAUUUGUGUGUUAUUGUGAAGACAACUUACUCAAUGAUGGCAUGAGUAAACCCUACUACAUGUCAAAUGAGUUUAUGGGAUUUAUGGAAAAGUCGAGAGAAGUUUAUGGGGAAAAAGAAGCACCACCACCUUCGUAUGGUUUUGCGGUUGCUGUUUAAAUUGCGGCUGAUUAAAAUGUAGUUUAUAUGUAGAUUGAAAAUUCUAGAACGGUGUUAAUGUCCAAAUAAGAAAAAUUUAAGAGAGAUUUAACUGAUAGGUACCUACUUGAUGGAAAUCCAUCAAAAAUUUUGAAAGGAAAAACAUUUUCUAGAUUUCCACAAUAUAUGUUUGACGUUAAUUUUACGGUCCAAAGGAAUACGAGACUUUGUGUUUAUACAUGAAAAAACUCUGAUGUUGCCUAUACUUUCUGCCAUAUUACAACUAGGACAAAAAGGAAUUUACUUUAAUAAAGUCAACUUUGUAUUUUUGUCAGUAUUGUUGAUAAACAAUUAAGCAUGUCAGUUGAAUAAUAGAUUAUUUAUUAUACUAUAUUAUAUAAAGUACCUACCUCUAAUUAUGAAUAAGAUUUACGCUAUACCUAUUAAUACCUAUAUUGAUGACAAUAAUUAAAUAUAAUGGCAAUGAAAUAUAUUUCAAACUAUC